GCCCAGGCAGGAGCAGGACCAUGGAGCCGGUGUCCAGUACCUGCUGCUGCCUCCUGCUGCUGGGGCUGGCAGCUCUUAUUCCCCCAGGGUGCCCCCUGCCCUGGGAGGCCCUGAAGCGUCCAAUCAGAGCUAUCCAUGCCCAGCUCCCUGUGUCCAGCUUCCAUAUCAACUCCACCAUCAUGUCACGCUAUGCAAUCACACGUGUCCGAGCCGUGUUGAACAACCCCCAUGCUGAGGCCCAGGCAGCUGCCUUCGACCUGGACCUGCCCAGCACUGCCUUCAUCUCCAACUUCAGCAUCACCGUCAAUGGCCGUGUCCAUGUAGCCGAGGUGAAGGAGAAGCAGGAGGCCAAGCAGCUGUAUGAGGCAGCACGUCGCCGUGGCCAGACUGCUGCCCACGUGGGUACCCGGUACCGAGAUAUGGAGAAAUUCCAGGUGUGGGCCAGCGUUUUGCCCAGCGGGACUGUGACCUUUGAGCUAAGCUAUGAGGAGCUGCUGCAGCGCCAGCAGGGCCAGUACCAGCAGGCGCUCAGCAUCCGGCCUGGCGCUGUGGUGACUGACCUAGCUGUGAACAUCCAGGUGGCUGAGCCUGCUGGUCUUGCCUACCUCCGUGUGCUGCCCCUGCGCACCAGCCGCCUGCUCACCAACGCCAUCAGUGGGGAUGCUGACCUACCACCCUCCACCAGGGUGGAGAAGGGGCCCCACUGUGCCCAGGUGGUCUUCACCCCCACACGCGAAGAGCAGGUGACUUUCUCCAGCACUGGCAUUGCUGCUGACUUUGUGCUUCAGUAUGACGUGGCUAUGCCUGAUGUCGCCGGUGACCUGCAGCUCUAUGAUGGCUACUUCGUGCACUUCUUUGCACCCCGCGGGCUGCCCCCUAUCCGCAAGCAUGUUGUCUUCGUCAUUGACAUCAGCGGCUCCAUGGCUGGCACCAAGAUGGAGCAGACCAAGCAGGCCAUGCAGGUGAUCCUGGGGGACCUGCACCUUGAGGACUUGUUCAACAUUGUGGCCUUCUCAGAGGUGGCACAUGUGUGGCAGCCUAGUGGCUCUGUGCCUCCUUCAGCUGCCCACCUCCACGCCGCCAUUGACUAUGUCAACCAGCUAGAGGCCAAAGGAUGGACUGAUAUCCACCAGGCCCUGCUGACAGCCGCCUCCCUCUUCCCCCUACCCUCCUCCUCCAGCCUGGCCCCUCAGCAUUUCCCCCUGCUCCUCUUCCUCACGGAUGGCGAGGCCACGGCUGGUGUUACCUCAGCUCCCCGCAUUCUGGCUGCUGCCCGCCAGGCAUUGGGGGGAGCCACCGUGGCUCUCUUUGGGCUGGCCUUUGGGGCUGAUGCUGACUUUGGCCUCCUUCACCACCUGGCUCUGGACAACCGUGGCCUGGCCCAGCGGGUCCAUGAGGAUACCGACGCCACCCUGCAGUUGGCUGGCUUCUACAACACUGUGGCCGCCCCCCUACUAGCUGACGUGGCCCUGUCCUACCUCCCUGCUGGUGUCUCUCAGCCUGCCUCUCAUGCCCUCUUCCCCCACUACUUCCAAGGGGCUGAGCUGGUGGUAGCCGGGCGGGUGCCACCGGAGGCCUCAGAGCUCCAGGUUGGAGCCACGGGGAUAGGCCGUUUGGGGCCUGUGGCCCUAGAGACCCAGGCAGCUGGGGGGAACCUCACACAGCCCCUGGGCUGCUCUGCGGGGCCCAGCAAUGUAGGCAGCUUUGUGAGGCGCCUCUGGGCCUACUUCACUGUGCAGAAGCUGCUGGAGGCACGGGUGCGGGCUGACGAUGCGGGAGCCCGGAGGCUGCUGGCUCAAAAGGCCACCAGCCUGGCCCUGGACUAUGGCUUCGUCACCCCCGUCACUUCCCUGGUGGUGGUAAUGCCUGAGGAGGACAAGGAGGGGGAGGCCCCAGCCCCCACUUUAGUAACCAGGAAGGCCCACAAUCCUUCCUUGGUAGCCACAGUUGCUCGGGACCUCUCAGUAGCCACAGUAACCCCUAACCCCUCCUCGGUAUCCUCAAACCCCUCCUUGGUAGCCUCACUGGCACUGGCCCCCUCCUCCAUGGCACCUGUCCUAGGGGGCAUCUCAGUGCCCACAGACUCUGGGCAGGUACCCACAGAGGAACCAGACCCCAUUGUGCCAAGGCCUGGGACCCCCACAGCUCCCAGUCCCCUGGGCAUGAAUGAAACCCAGAUGUCCAGGAAAAAGUCGGGGCCCUUCUCCUGGCCCACAGCCCAGCCAUGGGCAGAGGCACGGGGCUCCGGCGACACCAUCAUCCGGCUGCUGCCCCCUGACACAGAGCUGGCAGUCCCAGAGGACACUGAUGGCAGGUUCGAAGAGUCCCUUGAUCCCCCACCGAUCUACAGCGUCAUGGUAGCUAAUAGGGAGGCAGGUGCCCCAGAUGAUGAAGAUGUUGCAGCCCAGGCCAGGUUCUUCACCUUCUCCUCUUCAGUGGAUGGAGACCCCCACUUUGUAGCCCAGCUGCCGGGUGCAGCUGCCCCUCUCUGCUUCACACUGGAUGGGCACGCAGGGGACACCCUGGACCUGCUCACAGACCCUCAGAGUGGGCUGACAGUAAGGGGCCAGCUGGUGGGUGCUCCCCCUUGGCCAGGUGCACCAGAGCGAACACGCACCUUCUUGGGCGCAGUGACGGUGGCACUAGGGAGGAUGCAGGUUCAUGCUACACCUGCUGGGCUGGUGCUGAAGGGACCUGGGGAAGCCCAAUGGCUGCCCUGGGGGGCCCCAGGCCCUGCCCCCAACCCAGGCCUUAAGCCUGGGCUGGGGUUGCAGGUACGGGGGGCCACAGCAGUGCUGAGACUGGCCCCACGCCUGGCGCUGGUCGUGCGGUAUCACCACUACCCACAGCCCCGGCUCUUGCAGCGUGACCACCUGGGGUUUUACGUGUCUGAUGGGCGUGGGCUGUCACCAAGGGCCCAUGGCCUGCUGGGCCAGCUUCGGAAGGGCGAUAUCUGGCUGCGGCAGGGGCCGGGGCCGGGGGCGUGGCUGUGUCGGGGUGGGGCCGCCGUGCCUGCCAGGCUGGUCACCAAGCUGCUGCCGGGCCUCGCCCCCCGGCCCCGCCCCGCCCCCUGCUGGCUGGUGAGGCCCCGCGAUGCAGCUGCCCUGCUGGGCGGAGCCUACGACGACUUCCUGGCCACGCCCAGGCUGCCAGAGGGGGCGGGGCUGCCACUUAAAGUGGAAACGUCCUAUGGAGCCAAGAUUUAAGGUGGAACCUUUCUGUGUUGUUUGUAUUUAAGGUAGAAUCUUGCCCCUCCCCCAAGAUUUAGGAUGGACUCCCCCACCCCCAGCCCCGAUUUAAGGUGGAAUCUUCCCCUUGGAUUUAAGAUGAAAUCGCCUUGCUUUUGAGAUGGGAUCUUCCUCCCCCCCAUACCAGCUCGGAUUUAAGAUACAGGUUUCCCUUGCUUUAUGCCAGUUAUGUAUGUGCAAAUUCACUCGUAUACAAUGACCCUUUUUACACCAAAAUCUGUUACAUGCAAAGUAAAUUUACUCUUAAGCAAUCGUGUGGUGGAAGCCCACAGUCAACUGCUCUGUGCCAUGCGUUGUGGGAGUGAUAUGCAUCAAAAUAUAGUCUCUGUGUAUCUGUGCUCCUCA